AUUCAUAAAUCUGUCCAGAACAAACCUAACAAGCAUGCAUGGAUUCUCUUGGCCAAUCUCCCAAUUAGCAAAUUUGCGGCAACACAUUUUGACAACAGCCACUUAGCUGAUGAGAUGAAGGGAAUGUCUGGUCUCCUUCAGAAGAUAUUGUAUCAUGAAUGUCUUCGCAUUGUCCUGAAGCCACUUCAUGAGCAUCAUCGGACAGGCUGCAUAAUCAGACCGGUGCCCCUGCUUGAUGUGCAUGGAAUGACCUGCACUUGCAUCCUAAUUCUAAUGGCUUGGAUUGCGGAUCUUGAAGAAGUCCUUGAUCUCCUUGGUCUUUGUUGA